AUGCGAGGCGAGCGGUGGCCCUGCACGUGGCCGCCCUGGGUGAGGACUUCCUCCCAUAUUCGUCCGGCGGCGCGCGGUGUCAAGGUGCACGGGAUGCUGUCGGCGGCGAUCAAGUCGAAAGAUAGCCUCAACGAGGAGAAGGCGGCACGGGUGCAGAUGACGUACGAGGUCUUCAUUAAUCUGGCCGCGUUCGCGUCGCUGUUUCGCCUUCGAAUGGGGAAAUCUGAGGUGUAGGCGCGAGGAAGAGGAGAGGGGGGUCGUCUAGA